GUUAAGUUAAGCAGAAAGCGAAACGAAAGCAGAAGCAAGCAAAGCAACACUGUUGAUAGUUACUAUGGAAUAAUUAAUUGUUGAAAAAUGUAAUGUAAACAACAUUUAAAUUGGUUCUUGUAAUGCUGUUGCCGUUAUUUUAUUGCUUAUAGUUUCGUUAGUGUAAAGUUUUAGUUUUUGUAGUAAUCCAUUUCCAAACACUGUAUGCUAGUGUUGGUAUAAGUCAGACGAAAUUUUGGAUUUGUAAAUUUUUUGGGAUUAACAAUGAGUGACGACUUAUUGGGCAUUGUAACCAAAUAUAAUAUCUUGGCUAAGGCUCAUUCCGGACAUGCUGUUCACAUUAAGGAUAAAACAAUGUUCCCUUUCCUUGCAUUUUGUUUGAGCUCAGAAGAUGCUAGCCUAGAAGUUAUCGACUUGGCGAUUGAGACAUUACUAAUUUUUGCCGAAAAUGAUUCCAAUGCUAAUGAAAUGAAGAGGACAUUUGGGGUGUUUGAAUCGGUGGAACUAAUUGCCUCUAGAAACGAUAUGCCGGAAAAUUUGAAAACUAAAGCUAUGCAGCUAAUGCAGAAAAGAGACUGCAAAGAAUACCCUGCACAUUGCACUCGAAGUAGGACCAGAACACAGGAAGAAAAUAUGAAAAAGAGAAGAGCUAACAAAAUGAUUAUGCUUCACAUUCACGGACUGAACAAUGAUAAUGAAAAAGAAGUGUCGUCUGUAGCUGUACAAGUCCCAGGAGUUGUGUCUGUAGUAUUGAAUGUACUCCACCAGAGGUGCAACGCGCUGUGUUACAAGGAGGCCAAGGCUGUGGACAUUGCUGAGGCCAUUUACGACGAGGUGGGACUCACCACACAACUUGUCAACAAGAAUAGAUACGGACAGGAGUAUCUAGUUCCACUUCUGGAGACAGACAAUGAUGACUCUUUGUCUUCACUCCCGCCGUACCUGAAAGAAGAUGAUUCUCCCGUGAAAGAUAAAGCGGUCUCUAGCGUGUUCCUUAUCAAAGACAAAACAGCCAGUUGGCUUAACUCUACCGUUGAAUUUCUCCAAAAAUCUUUUUACUGGUGAACAAAAUAUUGUUAAUUUUUAAAGACCAAGAGUUUUUGUUAAAUUAUUGAGUUACUACAAUGGGUUUUUACUGUAUUUGACUGCAUUUGCUCUUGUAAAGGAAUAGAAAUGUUAAACAAGAGCAAGUUUCUCGAUAUGUAAAGUAUGUGAUAGUUUACUUCUAUGUAAAAAAAAUUCUAACAGUGCUGGAAAGUUUUUUUUUAUUUUUUUCUUAUAAUGUCUAUUAUAUAUACUUUGUUAUUUUGGUAUUAAAACCUCCAUUGAUGUUUAGGAAUCACUCUUUUUAUUAUUUUAGUUUAUUUCAUCACUAGGGUGUAAAGUGACCCUUUUCGACCCAAGUUCAAGUAUUACGAUCGAGGAUUUAAAAGAUGUUUUUUGCGAUUUUGAUGAUCGAUAUUUUUCGUCAUAUUGCACCAUUAUUUAAGCAAACUAAAUUAGAAAAUGAUAAAACUUUACAUCAAAAAGGAACCUCUCAAAACAACUUUUAACUAGUUUUCAAUUUAGUGGAUGCAUACAUGCAGCUGUUUAGUAAGUGAUUCAAUCAUUUUGACUAUUACGAUUGUGUUAUUGUACAAUAUAUUAUCCAAAUGUCAAACUGGAAAAAUAAUAUACAACCGAUUUUAACGAGCUAUACAUACUUGCGAUAAAUGUGAUUACUUACAGCUUACAACAGCUGAAUUUUACUCCCUAGGGGCUAAAAUGCUUUUUACUCCCUAAGGAGUAAGAGGAUUUAAUUAUCUUCAAGUUUACGUAAAGGUUGUUAUAGCUAUUCACCACCAGAUAAAUGAUACUUUUGCAUGAGGUAAACAUUGGGAGACUGCAUGGCAAGUGUGUCAGCCUGCCCUACUUUUUUUAUCUACCUAGAACAGCUGGCAGAAGACGAAAAGUAUCUCCAACAAUGUCUCUAGUUCCUUUAAUUACUCACAUCAGUUCUGUAAGAUUCGUGAUGCUGUGAUUUUUUAUAUAUUUUUUAGGUGUAAGAUUACAAAUUUCAUGUUUACUGUGAAAUAAAUUUUUG